AUUGAUAGCUAUAUGAAAUUAUCCAGAUAUAGCAUUGAAUGCUAUGCCAGCAUUGAUGCUUAUUCACAGUAUAUUAUUUGGUUUUUCUGUGAUAUAUCAGCUACUAUAGCUUGGAUUGUUCUUGUACAAUAUAUCAGCAUGGUUCAAUAA